UGGGCAUAGUCCCUUGACCCUUUAGCUUCCGACUGGUUGCCAUGGCACAAUUGCCUGCGCAUCCAGAAGGUCCAGGGCGGACGAGCGGUGAACACUUGCCUCAAUGAGGCGAUGUCGGAUCAGCUGAGGAAGCAUGUGGGGUCCCAAAGGGAUCACCCGCCUUGGAAGGACAUCAAGUUCAGGUGUGCCUUCCACAACACGAUCUACGACGUGCUCAAGAGUCGCGGCUUCCGGGAAACCGAGAACGAGAUGGACUUUGACUUGUUCUGGUGCGACAAGGAGUGGAUCCACGAGGUCUUCGACCACAUUCACCUUCAAGCACACCAGCGAGUGAAUCACUUCCGGAAUCACUAUGAGCUGACCAGGAAGGAUCUUCUGGUGAAGAACAUCCGUCGGGCGCAGCGACAAGCCUUGAAGGAGCACCGAUGCUCGCCGUGUCGUGUGGGUCCGAUUCCUGCCCAAGGCUUUGCGGCCUGCUCUCCGACGACCUUUGUGCUACCCUUGGAGUAUUCGAUGUUUGUCGAAGAGUUCAAGAAGCAGCAAGCCAACGGCGCCAUCUGGAUCAUGAAGCCAGUCGGCAAGUCGCAGGGUCGGGGCAUCUUCCUCUUUGACAAGCUGAGCCAGGUCUCCAGCUGGCGCCAGGACCCAAAGUGGAUGCGAAUACAGAAGGAGGGUGAGAAGCCGAAGCUUCGGAAUGGUGAUGAGGAGGAAGAGGAGAAGAAGGAAGCAGAGCCUUAUGUGGUCCAGCGCUACUUGUCCGAUCCUUUGCUAAUCGGCGGGAAGAAGUUCGACUUGAGGCUGUAUGUCCUCGUGACUAGCUACAGCCCGCUCACAGUCUACUUAUACCGCAGCGGAUUUGCACGCUUCUCGCACGCACGCUUUUCGAUGGAUACCGCGGACUUGUCGGAUGCCAUGAUCCACCUGACCAACGUGGCAGUGCAGAAGCACAACGAUCACUACGACGAAAAGCGAGGUGGGAAAUGGGACCUGCAUUCACUGAAGAUGCACCUCAUGAUGACCGAAGAUCCCAAGAAGGUGCACCAGCUCUUCGAGGACAUGCAGAACGUGAUUCUCUUCUCGCUCUUGUCGGUGCAAAAAGUGAUGAUACAAGACAAGCACUGCUUUGAGCUCUAUGGCUAUGACAUCAUGAUCUCCAAGGACUUUAAGCCCUGGCUCAUCGAGGUGAAUGCCUCUCCAUCUCUGUCAGCCAAUACCGUGACCGACUACGAGAUGAAGUUUGCAUUGCUUGAUGACGUACUCACCGUCUUGGACUUCGAGAAAUACCUACAGGGCACAGAGGACCAAAUCGGAGGUUUCGAUGUCCUUUACCGAAAUGGGGUCCGCGUGGGGCCUCCAGCCACCGCAGCCUACAGGUCUCGCCUGGGCUGCUGCAACAACCGGGAAGAGCAGCUCAGGCGCUUGGCGCAACACUUGGCCGGCGAAGAGAGGAAUCGAACUCCGCCGCCGCCCUCCGCAGUCCCCGGCCGGCGCCGGCGCUGAGCCCAGGAAAAGCUAAUGACGAGAGAUCGGCGAGGUCUCUGGGUAUCUCUCCCAGUGCAUGGGUGAGACGUUGCCAUGGGCUCUGGACAAAACAUCGCCGGGGUGUGCAAAUACAAAGGAUGUUUCAAUUCCAAUCCAGGGAGCAACGGC